AUGUCAAGCUCGCCAAUUGAAGUGCUCAUCUUCGGCGCCGGCGCCGUAGGAGCUUUCUACGGUUCCAGACUCGCUCAAGCGCCAAACGUCAAGGUCUCGUGUGUGUGUCGCUCAAACUACAAGGCCGUCUCUAGCAAUGGCUUUGCAGUGAGCUCGCCGCAAUAUGGCGACUACAAGUGGAUGCCCACACGUGUGUUUGCCAAUCCGAAAGAGGCUGAGCAGAGUGGUGUCAAGUGGGAGUAUCNNGUGGUCAGCACAAAGGCGUUGCCGGAUGUCAGCGACGACUCCAAAUCGCUGGAGGGACUCGUGCAUGAGGGGACGGCGGUCGUGCUGAUACAGAAUGGCUUGGGGGUUGAAGAGGCGUAUGCGAAACGCUUCCCUUCGGCAUGCAUUCUCAGCGCCGUCACGGUCGUUUCAGCAGCUCAAGAACAACACGGCGAGAUCAAGCACAACCGCUGGACUCGCAUCAACAUUGGUCCUUACCUUCCAGACUCCUCCUCGUCCUCGUCCCACGCCGAACAGCAAAACGACAAGUUCGCACACCUGCUGCAACAAGGCGGUGUUAAAGAUGCGGAAGCUUACACACACGCAAAACUCCAGCUCGUGCGCUGGCACAAACUCGCCAUCAACGCCUCGAUGAACCCAUCCAGCGUACUCUCCAACGGCAGCACAAACGCAGCAAUGGCCAAAGACCCAGAGCUGUCCCGCCAUCUGCACGCAACCAUGCUCGAGAUCCUGACCACCGCGCCCAAGAUCAUUGGCCAAGACUUCCCUCCCGAUUUCGCAUCUGCCGAUAAGCUGCUCGCCAGCACGAGAAAGAAUACCUCGGGCAGCAGACCCAGCAUGUGGCUUGAUUGGGAGGCGGGUAAGAAGAUGGAGCUGGAAGUCAUACUGGGCAACCCCAUACGCAUUGCAAGGGAGAAGGGCUUUGAGAUGCCGAGGCUGCAGACAUUGUACGCGUUGUUGAAGAUGGCGCAGACGAACAGAGACGAGCAAGCUGCCAAGGCCAAGCUAUGA